GCACGAUCAACGAAUUGAAAACGGAGAAUGCUUUCUGCAUCCACCCGGUUGAUGGGAUUCAGACACAAUUGCGCGAUAACGUCUGUUAGGCUAGAAAUGGCGCCGACGUUUGAACAUGCACCGCGACGUGCGGGUUCCGAAGACCCCGACUUCCCACGUUUUGCAAUAUGUAUAUGAAGCCGCAGCCCCUCAGCUGAAUUCCAACACCCCUCCUCUUCGGAUCUCUCCUGGCCGUCAACCAACAUGGCCGAGUCCGCUCCCCGGCCCAGCAUCUUGACGCCAGCGACAACACCUACCACCCCCGCGCAGAAAGCACCACACAUCCAGUACCAAGCGACGACGCUCCGCAACUGGCACCGCAAAAUAAACUGGCUCAAUACCACCCUCGUCGUCCUCAUCCCGCUGCUCGGCCUCGGCCUCGCAGCCCGCACGCCCCUCACCCGCCCAACCCUUCUCUGGAGCAUCGCAUACUACUUCUGCACCGCCUUCGGCAUCACCGGCGGCUACCACCGUCUGUGGUCGCACAGAUGCUACUCGGCGCGGAUCCCGCUACGCCUGUUCCUCGCCUUUGCCGGCGCGGGCGCAAUCCAAGGCAGCAUCCGCUGGUGGAGCGCAAACCACCGCGCCCACCACCGGUGGACAGACACGCUCAAAGACCCCUACAGCGUUAUGCGCGGGCUGCUCUUCAGCCACCUCGGCUGGAUGGUGCUGAGCAGCGACCCCAAGGUCAAGGGGCGAACGGACGUGUCGGACCUCGACGCCGACUGGGUGGUGGCGUGGCAGCACCGGCACUACGGGAAGUGUCUUGUCGUGGCCGCGUGGCUGUUCCCCAGUCUAGUCGCCGGCCUGGGCUGGGGUGAUUGGUGGGGCGGGCUGGUGUACGCGGGCAUCGUGCGCGCGUGUUUCGUGCAGCAGGCGACGUUCUGCGUAAACAGUCUCGCGCACUGGAUUGGGGAGCAGCCGUUUGACGACCGCCGAUCGCCGCGCGACCACGUGCUCACCGCGCUGGUCACCAUGGGCGAGGGCUAUCAUAAUUUCCACCACGAGUUCCCUAGCGAUUACCGCAAUGCGAUCAUCUGGUACCAGUAUGAUCCGACCAAGUGGCUUAUUUUCGCGUUCAGCUACAUCAGCAUACCCGGGCUGAUGGGCCCGAUGGCGUACGAUCUCAAGACCUUCCGGGAGAACGAGAUUGAGAAGGGGAGGCUGCAGCAGCAGCAGAAGGCGCUGGAUAAAAAACGGGCGAAGCUGGACUGGGGCAUGCCUCUGGCGCAGCUGCCUGUCGUGGGCUGGGACGAUUUCAAGGCGAGGUGUGCAGAGGGCGCAAGACUGGUGGCGAUUGCUGGAGUCAUCCACGAUGUGCAGACCUUCAUUGUUGAUCAUCCAGGCGGCAAGGCGUUGAUUGCUGGCGCGAUUGGAAAGGAUGCUACGGCACUCUUCAACGGAGGUGUGUAUGAGCACAGCAAUGCGGCGCACAACUUGCUUUCGACGAUGCGGGUAGGCAUUCUGAGAGGCGGACAGGAAGUUGAGAUCUGGAAAACUGAGCGGAGCAGACUGGAGAAGGACACCAAGGGUGCUGCAGUAGUGAGAGCCGGCGAGCAGAUUACCCGAGUUGGUGACCCAAUCGCUGCAGCUGUUGCUGCGUAGACGAUUUAUGAAAUGAGACUUCAUUCAGUGAUGCAGUAACUCGCUAUCGCAAUGACUACUGCUGUGAUGACAUUGCUAGCUCGUCAAUGAAUGAAGAAGACAGCGUGGACUGGACAGGCGUCCAGA